AUGCGUACUACCACUGCUCUAGCCUUGCUGCCUCUGGCACUUGCUGCGCCUUCGAAGCGAUCUUCACCCGCGCCGGUUAUCAAGCCCCGAGGCGCCCAGCUUGUCGAUGGCAAGUACAUCGUCAAGAUGAAGGCUGACACGAAUGCCGAGUCUAUCCAGAGCUCUAUCCAGUCUGUCGCCAGCGACGCCGACUUCGUUUACAACACCAACAAGUUCAAGGGCUUCGCUUCCAGCCUGUCUGAGGAAGAGCUCGAGGCACUCAAGAACAAUGCUGAUGUUGACUACAUCGAGCAGGAUGCCAUUAUCACUAUCAAGGCUACCCAGGAGAACGCCGACUGGGGUCUAGCACGUCUCUCAAGCUCCGAGCCUGGCAGCACCACCUACACCUACGACGACAGUGCCGGUGAGGGUACCUGCGCCUAUAUCAUCGACACUGGCAUCGAAGUCGACCACGAGGAAUUCGAGGGCCGCGCCAAGUUCCUCAACAACUUCGCUGACGACGAUGACACCGACGGGAACGGUCACGGUACCCAUGUUGCCGGCACGAUCGGUUCCAAAACAUAUGGAGUUGCUAAGAAGACAUCUCUCUUCGCCGUCAAGGUCCUUGACGCCAGUGGUUCAGGUACUAACUCCGGUGUAAUCGCUGGUAUGGACUUCGUUGCCAAGGACGCAGCUGGCCAGACCUGCCCUAAGGGUGUCGUCGUCAACAUGUCCCUCGGAGGUUCCUCCUCCAGUGCCGUAAACGAGGCGGCCGCCAGCAUCGUUGAUGCCGGUCUCUUCCUUGCCGUUGCUGCUGGUAACGAGGCCACUGACGCUUCAUCUUCUUCCCCCGCCUCGGAAAAAACCGCCUGCACCGUCGGUGCCACUACCAAGGACGACGAGCUUGCCGAGUACUCCAACUUCGGCAGCCUUGUUGACAUCCUUGCCCCUGGAACUGACAUCGAGUCCACCUGGAUUGGUGGAGCCACUAACGUUAUCUCUGGAACCUCGAUGGCUUCCCCCCACAUUGCUGGCCUCGGUGCCUACUACUUGGGACUCGACGCUUCCCCCGUCGGCUCUCUCUGCGACUACAUUGCUAAGAGCGCUCUCUCUGAUGCCAUCUCUGGUGUUCCUAGCGACACUGCCAACCUUCUAGCUAACAACGGCGAGUCUUAA